AUGGUCUCAAGAGAUCCUUCUCGAGACUCUGACUCGCACAGCAUCGCUUCCGAUACUUCCGUCGCAGACAGUGAACCGAAGCCCCUUGUUGACAGAGACAGUUAUAGAAAUGAAGGUGAGAUUAAUAUCGUAAACUCAAGUGGUGGUGAUUUAGGGCGUCUCAAGGAUGAGCGAUAUGUUGUACCAAAGAAAGAACGCCGUGGCUUAUUAGCUCGCUUUACGCUAAUUCCGGAGUUUAAGGAUCCAAGAGAAUACCAGGCAUCGAUCAAAAAAUUGAUCGUUUUCAUCAUUGCAUUCUCAUCCGUGAUGGGUCCGAUGGCCACUUCCAUAGUGUUCCCUGCCAUUAACCCCAUUGUGAAAUCGCUGGACACAACCACUUUCAUGGUGAACGUGUCAGUGGGUGUUUAUUCUCUGAGUCUAGGAAUUUUCCCAAUUUGGUGGUCUUCUCUCUCUGAGCUGCAUGGAAGAAGAUCAGUCUAUGUGAUUUCAUUUGUGAUGCUUUUUGCGUUUUGCAUUGGCACUUCAUUGUCACCUAAUAUUGAAUCAUUUAUCGUUCUAAGAGUCCUAUGUGGUGCUGCAUCAGCUUCAGUCCAGUCUGUAGGAGCUGGGACAGUUUCUGACCUCUUUGAACCCGAAGAAAGAGGUAGGAAUCUCGGCAUCUACUAUAUGGGCGCGCUGAUGGCGCCUCUGGUGUCUCCCAUUAUUGCUAGUGGGCUACUGACUCGCUGGUCUUGGAGAUCCACACAGUGGUUUAUGGUUAUUUUGUCGGGUGUUAAUGUGCUUUUACUGGUAUUUCUUCUACCAGAGACUUUGAGGACGCAAGAUAGUAAGGCAGCAAUUGCAGCGAUUCUGCUUGAAAGGAGGAAGGAGAAUUUGAAUCGUUCUCCUUGUGAUUUAAAAAAUGCCGACAUGCAAUCGAACAAAGGUGACGUUCAUGGGCCGGCAGACUUGCAGAACAUUACAGGAAAUGGUGAAGAUGAAGGAGGCGAAAUCAAGCGGGUCCUAACAGCGGCUAGCAGCACAUACAAAUAUCGGCCUCCACCUGAUAACAACAUAGAUGUCGGUGCCCCCCAAAUUUCACGCAUACAGUCGCUGGACCCUCGAUGGGAAUCAAAAAUACGAGAGUAUGACCUAGAUAGGGCAAGAACGAACUUGCAAAAUGAGCUCGCAAGAAUAGAGACUGAAAAGUCUCGAGGGGCCGGUAAGCAAGGCGACGAGAGCAUGCAAAAGCAGUCCACAGAAAAGGGCCUGUUGAGUUUCUGCUACGUUUAUUUCAUAAAACCCAUGAAAUCAGUGUACUUUCUCAAGUAUCCACCAGUUCUGCUUGCAAUCAUCUUUUCAGCGAUCUCUUUCGCCAUCCUGUACUUCGUCAACAUGACCAUUGAAUACGAUUAUUCAAGACCGCCUUACAAUUUCAAGCCGCUCUUUGUUGGUCUUCUCUACAUCCCAAACUCUGUGACAUAUAUCAUCGCAUCGAUUUAUGGAGGAAGAUGGGUCGAUACGCUACUGAAGAAUUACAAGGCAAAGUACGGAAUACUGGCCCCGGAGGCCCGUAUCUCCUGGAAUUUGGUGACCGCAGUCGCCGUAUUCCCGGUCUCGCUUCUCAUAUUCGGAUGGUGUCUCGACAAAAAAUGCCAUUGGGUUGCUCCGCUAGUUGGGACAGCCUUGUUCGGAUUCGCUUCAAUGAUGACAAUUGGUGCCACCGUCUCGUACCUUGUUGACUCUCUGCCGGGCCGCGGUGCCACAGGUGUUGCAUUGAAUAACCUUAUUCGGCAGAUUCUCGCCGCAGUUGCUGUUUUCGUCACAGAACCAAUGCUUAAAGGCAUGGGAACUGGCUGGGCCUUCACAAUGCUGGCUUUCAUCAUUAUCGGCUCCAGCACUUUCCUUCUGGUGCUUAAAAGAUAUGGUGAUUACUGGAGACAAAACUACGACUUACAGAAGCUUUAUGAUCAGGUAGAAUGA